UACUUCCGUCCCCAGUCAACGUAUCCUCGUGUCACCGCCCCUGCACUGAGCUUGCCACGCUUCGCCCUUUUGCUAGGUUGGGUGCUGGGGAAAGGCUGGCGUUUGCUUUCUCUCCGUCCUCGUCUCGACGCUUCCUUCCGAAGGUGCAGAAGAACUGCAGUUUGAUGUGGGGCUAUAAACUUUGGCAAUAUAGCUCUUCAAGUUUAUAGUGGUCUGAAGUUGAAGGAAAAUGUCAAGAGCAAAUACACACUGGUGUUACAUUUGCAGGCAAACAGUUCUGCCACUCGGAAGGGACAUGAUCUGUCCCAACUGUGACAGAGGCUUUGUGCAAGAUUUGAAUGAGCUAGAUGGCAGCAUGAACACUUUUGAUUACUUUGGAGUGGAUUAUAGAGGCAACCGUAAUGACCAGUUUGGAAUUAUUGAUGCCUUGUCUGCCUUGAUUAGGCAACAAAUGGAAGGAAGAAGCCACGAGUUUGAUUUACAUGGUAGACCCAGUGUUCCCAUGGAGAAUGGAUUGGGAUUUGGACUUGAGCGAUUGCUGCUUUUGCCUUGGCAGCUUCCUGUUAAUAUAACCGAGAACAGAGGGAUUGAGAUUAUUUUCAAUGGCGGUGCUGGAGUUGGGAUGAGACAUGCGAACAUAGGGAACUAUGCUCGUGGAUCUGGAUUCAAUGACCUCAUCGAACAGCUUACCAGAAAUGAUGGCCAUGGCCCACCACCUGCUUCACAAUCAGCCAUUGAUGCAAUGCCCACUGUCAAGAUAAACCAGAGACAUCUUCGAGGUGAUUCACACUGUCCAGUUUGCAAAGAAAAAUUUGAGUUGGGUACUGAAGCACGGGAACUGCCAUGUAAGCAUUUAUAUCACUCAGACUGCAUUAUUCCUUGGUUAGUCCGACACAAUUCUUGCCCAGUUUGUCGCCAUAGGUUGCCAUCUCAGGAAUCCAGUCAAAAUAACCAUGUGCAAAGUAGAAAUCAGUAUCUUGGUGGUGGUACAAGAAGUAAUGGUUAUGGUAAUAGAGAAAAUGGUGAAAGCCAAGCUAGGAGAAAUCUUUUCUCCUUUCUAUGGCCAUAUUAUACUUCAAACACUGCUAACUCUAGCUCAAAUGAGUCAAGUAGGAGUAGUUCCACUGCCGUGCAUGAAGAUAUCAACCAGAUGCAUUAUACCGGAUGGCCCUUUGAUUAUUAAGAUCUUACCUAAAUAUUUAGUUGUUAUCACUGAACUCGUUCUAGAUCUUGUUUUUUUUUUCUUUUAUCAUCUUUUGAACCCUUAUGUAGUGUGUUUGUGGCUUAUACUUUUGUGAAUGGCUCUAUUAUGAAUUAAUGUGAAUAUAAGUGUUGUGCUGUAA